AUGACGCUGCAUCUCGAGUCGCAGAUGCGGCUUCGGGAAGGCACGGCGCGCAGGCAACCAGGCAGAUAUGAGGAAGACAGCAGACCCACUGAGGCCGAGCGACCUGCAUUUUUGCGCGACGACGUCGAAUUCAACGAGGAACUCACAGGGCAUUGCGCCUUCCCCAGUCUACCCAUGAACUACCCAGGCCCCGGGCCGUCAGAAAUA